UUUCUGACUGAAUUUGGAUGUUGAAAACCUACUAUCUCAUAUUAGAAGCCUGUCUCGUAAUAGAAGGCUUUAAGCGGUAUAAAAAGUUUGCUUCUAUUUCUGCAAGGAAUUAAAAAUGUAAAUAAAAUAAAAAUAUAUAAUUUAAUUAAAUGACGUAACUUAAUCAAGCGAGAAAAUUUAUUCGGGCCAAUGUGAGCCGGCGGGCGCACAUAUUAAAGUCACAUUAUUCUACUUUCCAUUUUAAUGUUCACCGAUCUUUAUUUGACGUUUAUUUAAUGUUUUAAAAUUGAUGCGAUUUUUCAAUAAUCAUAUAAAUUUAUUUUAACAAUUUUAAACUUUGAAAUAUUCAUUUGGUUAAUUUGUAAACAUUUAUAAACAAUCGAUACGAUUACUAAGAAUGUUACAACUGUUACAAGGAUAUACGUAUCUUUCUAUUUUUCAGUAAAAGUUAAGUCUUUGAAUAUUUCAUGAAACACGGUUUCUCAUGUUCAAGUAAUGUAAAUUUAGUUACUUGCGCUUAUUGGUGAAAAUUGAAAAGAGAGAAAUUAUUGGUACACAUCCCUUGUGUGCGCAUCGAGAAAUACAUUUGGCAGCACAGAAACGUGGAUAAUUGUUUUGUUUGUUAACUUUUUUGUAAGCAAGUACUUGUGAUAUAUGCAUCGCGUCCCGAUCGAUUACCAAUUUGGAUCUCGUAAACAAUAAACAUGUGAUAUAUCGAAGCGUGGUGCACGUAACGCGAAAAGCCAGAGAUGUUGCAGUUAAGUAUUAAUGAUGCAACAUCACGAAAAACGAAGGUCUCGGCGAAUUAUUAACGGAGCAAUAACGGAUCGAUGUACGGCAUGGUGAAUCAACGAAAUAACGAUUUUCAGUCAUUGCCGCGUUACGGUGAGAGUUCGUUGCACGUAUACAUACAUGUAUGCACGUAUGCAUGUAUGUAUCUUGCGCGCGAGGCUACGAACUAUAUGAGAUCUUACUCUCAUUUGCGCGACGUCCAACCGGCAUAGAAGCAAUUUUUCUCUGGCAAAAACGCCGACACACUUAUCUCGUUAAUUAACGACUAAGGAUAAGGCGUGAUCGGAGAAGAUAGUUAACGAAAUUGUUUCAAUAAUUUCAAGCGGACUUUGUGAGAUUUUAAUUUGAAUCUUAUUUACGUAAAGAUGCUUCGAUUUAAAAUAUGCAAAAGAUAUCUUAAAAUGCAAGUUUCUCAUCGAAAGUUUGUUCUCCAUAAACGCCUAGCAAUGAUAUGUACUUAAUUACCGAGUUUGUCAAGAAGUUUACUUUUACCAAGUGGAUCAAAUUUCUGUAGUUGCGCGACGCUGAUUAUUUAUUUGCAUAUUUAUCUUUUUGAAAUCGUUUACAAGACAGGUUUUCGAAAAUUGUAACAAUCUCUUUGAACUGAAUGUGAAUAUUGCAAAAUAUACCCGAUCUCAAAUAUGUUACUUGGGUAAUUAGAUUGGCUCUCAUCUAAUUAAUUCACUAGUAUUAACACAAUGUAAAAACAGCGUCUGGUCGGACAAACGAAGUUAUACAAGAACAAAGUUUAAGUAAAUCAGUCUCCAAAAAGAAUAACGACGUUUUUAUCCCAUACGCUGAUGAGUCGAAAGAAUACUAUGCGUACCAGGGUUUCGAUAGUCCCCUUGGCGUCUUAAGUAAUCAGUUUUCUGACAGCUCAUACGAUCUACACUAGGUGAAGAUUAGAAUUCGACACGUGACGACCUUGCCGUGGAAUCAGCCAUUAUGGUUCUUUAUAGGUAUUCGCGUGUUGUGACCGCUGGUUUCUAUGGUAGCGAGUGACCUGGUCAGUUCACCACGUGGUCAGUAACCGAACUUUGAUUUAGAAUCGAAAAUUUGGGUCGUCCCUUAAUGGAUGCUUAUUUUAGGAUGCGGAGCAUCGUUACAGAUUUUACGGCAACGUCCUUCACGCGCGCAGAUACAUAAAUCGAUAGUUUCAUUUUUACGACGGCUCCAUUUAUUAUCGCAGCGUGUUGCGAAACACGCGAAAUUUACUUAUCCAGCUCGUGCGUAAACGUAUGUGCGUGCACGUCUAUAUAUUCCCACUUUAUCCCCGUGCAUACGCUCAUUUUAUUAGCAUCAAAAUCAAAUAGGUAUCUCAAGGACCAUCGUGUACGCUCAAUAGUCGUUUUCUUUCAAGCGUAUUUAUUUCGCUCUCGGGUUGAGAGACCAGAAAACCGUCCUCCUCGGCGCGAUGAGUUCGAUCCGUCCGAAGAGAGAGGUCCGAAGAUGCUUCCACGCGACUGGCUGGAGUAGUCGCGAGUAGGUGCCAGAGACGGGCAUGGACACUAAGACACCGCCGAUUCCGCUCAAGUCGCAGGAGAAGCCUCAACCAAAGAAAGCGGAUCGCGUGGCCGAUGUGUCCUUGCCCCCGCUGACACCCUAUCCGAAUCAUCGUACGUCCAAACAUAGACCGUCCGGUACAUCGCGAUCGCAGGAUCCACCCUGCUCCCUGCAGCAUCAGGAUCAUCGCAAGAAGAGACCUUACAGGGUGUUACACAUCGGCGCCACGCCAUUGAUGCACGCCUGUCAACAGGGCGACAGGGCAAGAGUGUUGAGAUUAUUGAAGGAGCAGGCGGAAACGACCGCUUACAGAGAUCGCACGUUGAGAAACGCCCUUCAUUAUUGCAUGGACGCGGGUACCGGUGGUGCCGUUGCCGCGGCGGCACCAGAACUGGUGAACGCUCCUGAUGCCGAGGGGCAUACUCCGCUUCAUCUCGCGGUCAUCGCCGGGGACACGCAGCUGGUCGCGGUUCUCCUGGCGAACGGUGCCGAUGUCAAUGCUAAGGAUCUCGAGGGACACAGUGUUCUCCAUUGGGCCACUGUCUGCGGGGAAGCGGAAUGCGUUCGGUUGGUUCUGGCAGCCGGUGCGCGACCUUCCACCCCAGAUUUACGGGGCGGCUCUCCACUUCACUAUGCCGCCCAAUGUUGCGGCGCGGCCGCCACGGCAGAACUCGCCGUGCCCAAGAAGGUCGGUCUGAAAGUUCUACAAACGCUUCUCGAAUUCGGGGCGGACGUGAACGCCAAGGACGAAGACGGACGGCAACCGAUUCUGUGGGCAGCAAGCGCGGGUAGCGUGGAGGCCGUGUUGGCUCUAGCAAGAGCCGGAGGGUCGGCAGCCGCAGGUACUUCGGACAAAGAUGGACUGACGGCACUUCAUUGCGCAGCCUCGAGGGGCCACGCGAGAUGCGUAGAAGUACUCGUCAACUUGUGCGGCUCUCAUCCAGACUAUGUGGACGACAACGGGUGUUCCGCGUUACAUUAUGCCGCCACUUUGGGUCACGCGGAUGCCACCGCUCUCAUCCUCAAACUCGGGGCCGAUCCCAAUCGCCAAGAUCGAAAGGGUCGAACACCAGCACUUUGCGCCGCAGCUAAGGGCCAGUUAGAAACCUUGAAGAUUCUGACUCAGCACGGUGGAUCGCUUCACGCUAAAACCGUGCGUGGCACGGGGAUUGGACACGAAGCCGUCGCAUCCGGUAGAAUCGAACUGAUAAAAUGGUUAGCGAAAAAGAGACCGAGCACGUUGGAUGUCGCUACUCACGAUGGCAAGACGCCUCUCCAUGUCGCGGCUUUGCACGGCCACUUGGACGCGUGCAAAGUUCUCUUGGAUCAUGGCGCGAAAAUCAACGCGGUUCUUAGGACCAGCAAGGGUAAUUCGAUGACUCCACUGGACGCAGCUCUCUAUAGAGGAUACAGAGACUGCGCGAAACUGAUUCAGAUGCAUGGCGGUACUACAGCGCAGCAACUGAGAACACACAAGACCGCACCGAGCAAAGUCUUUACAGCAAAAGUCCGAAUAAAACACGAUGAUAGUAGCACCGCGAGCGACAGUAGUCCUAGUAGACGAGACCGAGGUCACAAACAUCCCGAGCUCUACUACGAAGAGCGGUGGAUAGAAAGAAGAACACGGCGAAAAGGUAAUCUGAAAAAGUUGACUCGUCGAGACAGUCGAAGUUUUAGUGAGGAAGAAGUGCGUCUGUCGAAGACAUCUUCAAAAAAGGACGAGAGGAGAGCUCGGAGCGAAUCAGCACGAUAUGAGGAUGGAAGCAGUGAGCACAAUCUGCGUAAAAAACGAAGCAGAAAAAUAUCAACGAGGCAUAAACAAAAAUAUUCAGAUUCGUCGUUCGAUUCGGACAGUUGCGAUUAUUUUCACGAUGACGCUGAAAAAGGAGCAACUAAACAACGGCACGCAAGAAAACAAGAGAAAGAUAUAAGCAAAAGCCCUAAUGAGACGGAAGCCAAAAGUAACUCGAGAAAAGAAGAUGAAGACGAACGAAGCGUAAGCGACGAUAGCUUAGAAGUAAUAGUAGUAAAAAGGUCAUUGGAAAAAAAGUGUGAAAAAGUAGUAUCCGGAAAAAGAUCAAAGGCACCAAGAGAAUGCACAAGGGAGACAAAACUGACCAAAACGCACAAACGUAGCUCUAAAAAAACGUCGAGAUCCAGCAAGAUAAGAACGCUUGAUAAAGAUGAGAAUACAGUAGAUCGAGAUGAAUCUCUGGGCAAGGAAGAAAGAAGCGUUGCAGUAGGAGAGCCGGCUCACCCGGCGCAUACUUCCGCUGAAGAAGAAGAAGAAGAAGAAGAAGAAGAAGAAGGUGACAGCGAGAGGAUAAUAGAAUCUCGAUUUCGAAGAGACGCGACAGAUAGUACUAGUCAGGAAACCGUGGAACGAGUGGUUGUCACAGCAAUGGUUCACAAAGAUCAGAUACCUGAUACUCCAAGAUCGACGCAGGAAACUGUAAAGGAAAUGAGCUCCGACAAUGUUUUGAGGAAAAAGAUAGUAAUAGAGGUAACAAAGGAAACUUCCAAAGAUAUUAAUUCUUCAGAUAAAAGUAAGACCAGCAAAGUGUCGCACAAAACUGAUACGCACAAUACUUCUGAAGAAAAAUUACAGCGAAUAACGCAAGAGAGUUUGCCAAUAAAUGAACAAGUCCAGAAUAAGGAUAAAAAGAAUAAAGUAACGACGCCUAGCACGGAAGAUGCAAAAGAAGGUAACGGUAGGUUAAAUACAUUCGAGGGUGCAAUACCGAGUGAUAGUAUGUUGCGGGAGAAGCAAGAAGCGAUCGAAGAUAAGGCAUUUGAUAAGGAAGUCAUCGACAAAGAGAAAGUGAAACAUAUCUCGGGUUCGGGUGAAGAGAAUGGAAAAUUGUUAGCUUCUGAGGAUUUAAAUCGAGACGGAAAAACUGCGACGAAAAAAGCUUUAUUAGACGAUGGAGAGUCGAAGGCUUCGAGACAACCCGACGCGCAUCAAACUGUAAGCAGCUUGAAAGAAAAUGUUGAAGAUGUACAGGUAACUUCUGAAGAAAAAGAUAAGACUUCAACAAAGCAGAUAUCCACGAAAGUAGUCACUAAAGAGAGCUCAGCCGAAUUAAAAGAAAAUAAAGAUUUAGAUAAACGUGACGAUAUCAAAUUGUCGCAAAAGAUACAGGCGGAUGAAAAACAGAAAACCGAAGCAUUAAUCGAACGAUCGACAGAUGAUGACAAAUAUUUGGAUGAUUCCGCGCGUGGAAAAUCCGCAGAUUUGUCAUCAGUGGACUCGAUGUUGAACGUGGAAGAAAGUCUUUCCCCAGAAAGAACGGGUUCGCCACAUGAUAAGAAGUUGGAGCGUAUUAUGAAAAACGAAAAAGAACGAGCAGAGACUGAAACAGGGGAUAAAGAUUUUCGUUACAUCGACGACAGUUCUUCGAGUUCUCCAAAACCCUCGAGAUCGGCGAAAACAAGACACUCGAGACCAUCUACGGGAAGAAAUGUGAGGACAGGGAAGUCUUCUGCAAAGACAUCGACAAAGAGAUAUCUGUUUGAAAGUUCUGAAGAGCGUUCCCCGCAUCAAAGUGCAAUAAUUGCGGUAUUAGACAGCCCAGAAUGGGAUGAGGACGAAGCGGUCGAAAAAGAAAUCAGGGAAGCUCUCGGAGAGAAUAUGGAACAUGAGACAGAGCAUGAAGAAGAUAAUGAAAUUGGUGUUAUGAGAGUUUUGCCAAGUACGAGUGAGGAAGAGACUCCUAGCACAGCUUUAGGUGUAUCUAGAACUUCAAGAAUCGAUUCUUUGCCUCAGGUACAAUCAACAACUAGCAAUCGCUUGGUUACAAUAGAAAAUGCGGACGGUCAGCGAGAACGUUUGUGGAGGAAACAUCGUCGCGAUAGCGGAGGUAGAGACAGUGGAAUAGAACCGAGUCCGAGAGUAUCGAGAAUUCCACGGAGGCGAAACGUAAAAUGUUGUCCAAAUACGGCGAAACAGCAAGCUCUCAAUAUGGAGACCAUUACCAGGGAUGUGCAAAUUAGUCUGCGUCGUUAUCAUCUCGAAAGAAAAAUCUUUUUCCAAUUGAUGGAGCUCAAGAGAUUACAGAUUCGUCACGGUAGGGCAAACGAGAACGUCUUAGUGAAAAGACAGGUGGACGCCUUUCACAAGUCGGGAAUGUCUGGACCUACUCUUGGCGUCGCAAAGUAUAAUCAAUCGUUAACGUUCAGACAAUUCGAAGCGUUCCUGUACGAGCAAUUAAGAAGACUGCAGGGAAGACCAACUACUCCAGACUUUUGUACCGAAGCCAAGCAAUGCACGCAAAAAACUCAUCGUUGUCAUCAUGCAACCAGCGCUUAUACCUCCAUUCCAGUGUAUACUUAUCUGGGUGGAGGCGUCCCAGAACGAGUGGACCAUCUUCCGAAAAUAGAGAGUCGCGGCAGAGGGCAAAUGACGGUGGAAGUGACACAUGGAGAGGGAAAACAAGUGAUCGCUCUUCCGACUGAAAAAAUGGAUCGUACCAAAAGAUAUUUCGUUACAUUCACUGUGAGAGGUGAAACGCAAGAAAACCCAAAUGUUGAAAAACCCAAAUCAUCGUACACGAUACAAAGAAAUGCAAAGAAUAACAUUCGAAAAAAGUAUUCUUCCUGAAAGUAAAUUUGUUUCUCGCACAAAAAUAUGAUAUAAGAUAUACAUAUACUAAAACUGCCAGACAGGACAACAUUAUUUGUGAAUCAAUUAAAGAUGAAAUUGUGCAUAUUGUCAAAUUAAUUUGUGUAUAGCGUUACUUGUAUAUAACAUGUAUAUUCAUGUAUGAGUAAUGGUUAUAUAGUUUCGUACCUGA